AUGUCCGAGAAUCUCCACUUUGACACUCUGCAGCUUCAUGCUGGUCACGAACCCGAUUCAACCACAAACUCACGCGCUGUCCCAAUUUAUGCGACUAGCUCUUAUGUGUUCAAUGACUCGGCCCACGGCGCGAGGCUCUUCGGCCUCAAGGAGUUCGGCAACAUCUACAGCCGAAUCAUGAACCCGACAGUUGACGUCUUCGAGAAGCGCAUUGCAGCCCUGGAAGGUGGUGUUGCCGCCGUCGCUGCCUCCUCCGGCCAGGCAGCCCAAUUCAUGGCCAUCUCGGCCCUCGCCCAUGCUGGAGACAACAUCGUCUCCACCAGCAACCUGUACGGUGGCACCUACAACCAGUUCAAGGUUAUGUUCCCACGCAUGGGAAUUACUACCAAGUUUGUACAGGGUGAUAAGCCUGAGGAUAUUGCCGCGGCCAUUGAUGACCGUACCAAGGCUGUCUACAUUGAGUCUAUUGGUAACCCCCGCUAUAAUGUUCCGGACUUUGAGGCCAUUGCCAAGGCUGCACACGAGAAGGGUGUUCCCGUUGUGGUCGAUAACACCUUUGGCGCAGGUGGCUACUUUGUUCGCCCAAUUGACCACGGUGCCGAUAUUGUCGUGCACAGUGCUACGAAGUGGAUCGGUGGCCAUGGUACCACCAUUGCCGGAGUCGUGGUUGACAGUGGGAAGUUUGACUGGGGCAAGCACGCUGCCCGGUUCCCCCAAUUCGUCGAGCCAUCCGAGGGUUACCACGGGUUGAAGUUCUGGGAGACUUUCGGCUCGCUCGCUUAUGCUAUCCGGGUGCGCGUUGAGAUCCUGCGCGACCUCGGUUCUGCCCUGAACCCCUUCGGUGCCCAGCAGUUGAUCCUCGGACUGGAGACUCUGAGUCUGCGCUGCGAGCGACACGCAACUAACGCCGUCGCCCUGGCUAAGUGGUUACAGAAGAACGAGAAUGUGAGCUGGGUGUCAUACCCCGGUCUGGAGGAUCACCCUAGUCACGAUCUUGCAAAGAAGUACCUGACCCGCGGCUUUGGUGGUGUGCUGUCUGUGGGCAUCAAGGGUGGCGCUGCCGCUGGUGCUCAGGUCGUUGACAACUUCAAGUUGAUCUCGAACCUUGCCAAGUAUGACUCCUUCCCAUUCGCUCUCCUUUGGAAGCUUUUACUGAUAUACUGUAGUGUCGGCGAUUCCAAGACUCUGGCCAUUCACCCUUGGUCCACUACCCAUGAGCAGCUCACGGAGCAGGAGCGUCUUGACUCCGGUGUCAAGGAGGAUGGAAUCCGUAUUUCGGUUGGCACGGAGUACAUUGACGAUAUCAUUGCUGACUUUGAGCAGUCGUUCCAGGCAUCGAAGGCUCUGCCGGACCGUACUGCUUGA